GUCAUUUAAUUGGGGAGGAGGAGGCGGGGCGGCGCGCGGGCGGAGGGCGGGGGAAGCCCUCCGCGCUCCUCCCCUCCCCCUCCCGCGUCCCAAACUGCGCACAAUGGCUCGCGGGCUCCUCUAUCUAUUCUGUGUCCGGCCCCGAGCGCGCGCGAUGAUUCAUCGCCCCAAUUAGGGGCUCUCUCCGGCGCGCGCGGCUCCAGCCGUCUGAAGGGUCUCCUCGGGGACCCGCCAAAACCAUCAGCGGCUGAAGCUGGUCUUUCAGGAAAGGUCAAGCAGGACGCGGGAGGAGCCAGCAGUUUACCACUGUCCUGACCGGCCAGCUGGAACCCAGAGUCGGCUGGGGACAAAGGUGGCGGGUGAGCCCCUCCACCCUCUGGGGUGCUGACAUGUAAAUAAAACUGGGCUUCCUCUUGGCACGAGGAGGCCCAUGCAUUAUAAAUAAAUGGAAGAAGACAAAAGGGCCCCCUCCCGGGAAUCCCUGGUGGAUAUUCCAGGGCUCCCAGCCCAGGGACUGACAGGAAGGCCAUCAGGCCUGAGAUGGGAUGAGGCUCAGCCCCAACCCGGCCCAGGAAAGUGCUGGGUCAGCACACUGUGGGAAGGAAUGCGGGCGGGCGGGGCUUCCUGGCUCCUGGCACUUUUAAUACCCCAGGGGGACUGAUCAGGAGGACUUUAAAGGGUGACGUCUGUUUAAUCGCCUUCUGGUUGAAGGGCCUGUCGGGUCCCACACAGAUGGAAAGGUUGGGGGAAGCAGUGCUGGUCCUGGAAACCCCGGCUGUGCCCCUCCAGGGCCCUGGCCUCAGCGUCAUUCCAAGGCCUCCCUGUCCUCUCCCAGCAGGCCCCUGCUAGCUCGGCCUGGCUCCUGGGCAUGGGAUUGCCAGCCAGCGCUCCCUGUCUGCUCCCCGCACUCCCCCCUGAGCCUGGGUGCUCCUCCUGAGGGCAGCACCGGUCUGUCUUGCUCACUGCGUGUCCAGGGCUGCUCUGGUCCACCAUGGGCCGGCUGUGCACCCUGGGCGGACCCCCGGCUCACUGAGCCUCAGUGUUCUUCUCUGUGCAAUGGGCUCAUGAUUCCUCCUCGUGGAGUCUUUCUGUGUAGACCAAGUGAGGUAGAGAAUGACCCCCUGGCCAGGGCUGGGGCUCCCCGUGACCAUGUGUGCAGGUCCUGCCCCUCCCUGGCUCUAACAACGAGUGAGGAGGUUCUGCCGCCUGUUGGCACUCCAGGGCCAGGGGCCACUCUGACCACGGUCACGCCUGAGCCUGAGGAGGGCCACGGGGUCAGCAGGAUAAAAAACCAGGAGCCAGGGCUCCCUUGGCCACGCGGGGAGAGCUUCCUGAGUGUGUGCCAGCGUGCGCCAUGUCGGAGCACAUGAGCACCAGUGUGUGGCACUCACACGUGCUCCGCGUGCACUCAUGCCUACCUGUGUGUGCUGUGUGCACACGUGUUCAAGUGUGUGGCUGGGUGCAGUGUGUGUGCAUGUGUUUGCGUGUACGUGCAGCUGUGAGUGUGUGCGUGGGCCCGUGCACGGGCUGGGCGUGGGGAGUGGGAGUGUGCGGCUGGUGUUUGUUUUCCUCACCAGCCCAAUGACUGGGAACAGUCCCUUGGCACAGAUAAGGGCAGGGAGAGGCAGGUGAUGCCGUGGGUCAUCUGUGGGUGGGUGGCACAGGGCAGGACACAGCCAGACACAUCUGACUGACAUCCCCGCUCCACUGUUUACUAGCUGUGUGGCCUUGGCCUGCUUCUUAACCUCUCGGAGCCUCCAUGUGGAAAACAGGAACAACUAAACAACACCCUUUGUAGGGUUGGGGAAAGAAGAACAGAGAGUCCAGAAGCAGCCCAUUCUUUGGGUAUGGCAAUGACAGUCCCAACGCACAGUACAUGACAACCACACAGGAGCCUGGCUCCUGGGCAUGGGAGGUUGUAGGCACCAACUCCCCAGAUCUUCCCAAGCCUAUGGGGUAGUUCUAUUACACCCCCAGUUUCCAGCAUAAAAACCCAGGCACAGAGAAGGGAAGACACUGGCCCAAGAGCACGCAGCAUGGUGCAGCUAGGUCUGGAGCCCCAGCCGAGUGUCCACGUGACCCCCUGGUUUUGCUAACUGUAAGUUACUUCCCCUUGAACCCAGCUUGAGGGACAGGGACAACCUGGAGUCUCACCCACCUCCUCCUCUGCGUGUCCCAGUUUCACAGCAGAGGGCACUGAGGACCUGGCAGGGCCUGUGGGACCCAGCUGGAUGACACCAGAGGAGAUGGAAACUCAGGGCCCCCUGCAGCGCCACGCGGGCCACCGUGGACCCAGCUCCCCUUUCAAACAGAAGCCGUCCAUACGUGCCCGCCCAGGGCUGCCGGAGCCUCAGCCCCUGUCCCCAGCAGAGCCACCUCCUUGCCCACUGCCCACGGCUGGGUCAUCGGUCCUGGAACCCAGAGAGCAUCCGCACUGCCCACCAGCAGCGCCGCCUUGGGAGCGGAACAACAGGCCACUCGAGUCUGCAGGAGGCCAGAGGCCACCAGCCGGGAACCUCCAGGCGCAUCUCAGACUGGCAGCUGCCUGUGGCCGUGCCCUGGCCGGCGGCGAGUCGCCUCCAGCUCCCAGCACGUGUCCCGAGGAGGCGAAGCCCGAGCAGGCUGGCCUUGCGCUGUCCCGGGCUCACGGGGCCGGGGACGUGGCUGGGGUCCAGUCCAUGCAAGGACGAGGGAGCCAGACUGCUCUGACCCCAAGUGCUUCCAGGCUCCGUCCCUCACACCUGGGAGCCAGCUCUCCAAGCCGGCCUCCACCUGCCCCGGCUGACCUCACCCCUCGACCCUGUGCCUGCACCUUGGCCUCCCCCUUCUCACCAGGGUGUUGCCCUCUUGCCCCCUCCACGCUGCGCCUGCACCUUGGCCUCCCUCUCGGGAGCCAGUCACCUCCCUGGCGGGUCCCUCCUGCCCCAACUCCCAGGGAGGCCGUGUGUGCGUGUCUGGCCUCUGGCUCCCGGGGGACCAGAAAAACAGAAUUCAUCAUCUGGCCGCCCUAUUUCCCUUUCUUCUCUUCUUCUUGCCUAAGAAUGGAGCAAGCAGUUCUCUGCCACCCUCAGGAAGAGCCUCAGAUAUGCCAGGCCACAGGCAAAGAUGUCCCCUCCUUCUCGGGGGGAAAGAAUGGAACCAUUAAUAAUAAUAAAAAAAAAAGUCCCUGGGAUUUAUGGAGGCCUUGGACCUCUGAGCGUUUUGCAUCCGUUGGCUCGUGGGGCACAGGAUAGGUGGAGGCCUGAGGGGAGGCCCUGUGCGUGUGGCG